AUGGAGAACAGAAAGGCUCGCAUUCUUUGUCUAGAUGGAGGCGGAGUGAGGGGAAUCACAUCGCUAUGCAUGCUGAAGAACAUCAUGACCGAAAUUCGCACCCAGGAGGAGAGGGAUGCCGCAGACUGCGGCGACGAAAACAUUGAAGGCAAGGCGAACAAUGACGGAGCCGAAUCGAGGUCAACAACGCCUCUGAAGCCUUGUGAAUAUUUCGACUUGAUAUGUGGGACAAGCACCGGCGGUUUGAUUGCUCUGAUGCUGGGCAGGCUGGAAUACACUGUCGACGAGGCUAUUGAACAAUAUAUGAAUCUUGGCAAAGAGAUCUUCGGGAAGAGGAAGCGAUGUUUCAAGUCAUCCAAAUACGGCCACAAUACUCUCGAGAAAUGUCUCAAAAAGGUUGUCCGUGAGUCGCAUCUCGGUGACGAGAAUGCACUGAUGAAAGACGAGAGAUGCCGCUGCAGGACCUUUGUUGUUUCAGCACAUCUCAAUAAGCAUGCAGAUGAAUAUGAGGACGACGCCACCAUCCUCAGGUCCUAUGAUCUCCAAGCUUUGCUGCCUGAAUAUGCGUUUCACGGCAAGAUAUGGGAAGCCGGAAGAGCGACCUCGGCCGCCCCGACAUUCUUCAAACCGAUUUCAAUCGACCCAAGAGGGGAAAGCAGCAAUACCUCUGGCGUAAUCGAAAAGGCAUCGCGCAAGCUCAAGGCCGAGACGAACAAGAAAGACAGUUAUAGCGACGGUGGCACAGUCGCCAACAACCCAUGCAGCAUUGCUGUCAGAGAGGCAGGUAGAAUCUGGGGUUACGGCAACAUAGGUUGCAUCGUUAGCCUUGGUACAGGCCCUGAGCCAAAAUUUACCUUGGACCAGGCUACAAAAGAGAUGCUGGGACCAAAGAUCAUGUGGCUAUCCCGGAAGCUUCUCACUGACUUCUUUUACCUCCGGCUACAGCUGGCCUUUUACAGUCUUCAAAAGAUGACGAGGACCGAGCAUGUGCACAAAUAA